GUCGACACGUGCCCGCAAGGUGACUCCCAAGUCCCAAGCAAGUUUCGCGACACUGCGUGUUUCGCGGCCGAAGAGCUUCCGCGAACCAGAGAAGAAAAGGAAGAAAAGGAAGAAGAAGAAGAAGAAGAGGAAGAGGAAGAGGAAGAGGAAGAGGAAGAGGGACGCUCAGAUAUCCUAAUUCCAAUUCCCAAUUCAGUUUCCAUCUAUCUCUUUCUCUCUUUUCCUCUCUCUCUCACACAGACGCAGACGCGCGACACAUUUUUCUUUUUUCUUUUUCUGUCUCAUCCUCUGUUUUUGCGAGAUCUCGGCAAGAUCCUAAUCUGGCUCUCUAUUUCUCGUUUCGUGCUUGCCGCGGACGCAGUCAGGAUAAAACCUCGCCAUGGCUUCCAAGCUAUUAAGUUGCGCCUGGGGACAGAAUUGGAAGUACCGACCCCGUAAUCUCGCCAAAUGAGCUGGAUUACUAAUUACGCUUGGAAGGUAUGCAGCAAUGGCUCUUUAUAGACAAAAUAGUGAAUUGUUGCCAGUGAGAAGAGACAUUAUCGGUGCCGUUUUUAGAUCCUUGAGCAGAAGUGCACACGGUAUUAAGGUUGCUCGUCGAGGGAGGAGAUUGGGCCGGCUUACUAAACUGAGGUUCUCGUUUUGGGCUUUUUUGGUUGCAGUGCUGCUCCUAAUUUAUUUGACAGUCUUUGGCUUAAGAAUACUCCAUGGUAAACUGGAAGAACCAAAACCAACUUUGAGGGAAGUGCAGCCAGUAAUAAUGGGAUCUGGUGUCAUAGAACCAAAGAGCAAGCAUCGUAAGCAACAUUAUCCUUGUGAGGUUGGGCUUUUGGAUUCAGUUGAUGAUCUUGAUGAGCCCAAAGAUUUCAUGAAUGUCACACAGUUCUCGCUUAGUUACCAUGACAGAGAGGAGAAAAUUUUUUGGAAUGAAGCAUUUAAACCUAGAUUUGGAGGGCAUCAGACUCUUGAAGAGAGAGAAAAUUCCUUCUAUGCAAGAGAUCAAACACUCCAUUGUGGUUUUGUCAAAGGAACAAAAGGCUUUCCAAGCAGCGGAUUUGAUCUGGAUGAGAAGGACAAGGCUUACAUGACUACUUGCACUGUUGUGGUAUCUUCUUGUAUAUUUGGGAGUUCUGACUUUCUAAGGAGGCCAACAAGUAAACUGAUCAGUGAGUAUUCAAAGAAAAAUGUUUGUUUUGUUAUGUUUAUGGAUGAUGACACACUGGCAAAAUUGUCAUCAGAGGGAAAUAUUCCUGAUGAUAGAGGAUAUAUUGGUUUAUGGAGAAUUAUAAUUGUGAGGAACUUACCAUAUGAGGACAUGCGGAGGAGUGGAAAGGUGCCAAAGUUCUUAUCACAUCGCCUUUUCCCCUCUUCUAGGUAUUCCAUAUGGAUUGAUAGCAAAAUGCGCCUCCAGACUGAUCCAUUCCUCAUUAUAGAAUAUUUCUUGUGGAGGACAAGAUCAGAGUAUGCCAUAUCAAACCAUUAUGAUCGCCACUGUGUCUGGGAGGAGGUAGUCCAAAAUAAGCGUUUAAAUAAGUACAACCACACAGCCAUCGAUGAACAGUUUAUUUUUUACCAGUCUGAUGGUCUCACCAAGUUUGACCCUUCAGACCCAAAUACUCUUCUUCCAAGUUAUGUGCCUGAAGGUUCUUUUAUUGUUCGGGCGCAUACACCUAUGUCAAAUUUAUUUUCGUGUCUUUGGUUCAAUGAAGUUGACCGUUUUACCUCACGUGAUCAACUAAGCUUCGCAUACACUUACAUGAAAUUGAGAAGAAUGAAUCCCAAUAGACCAUUUUUUCUGAAUAUGUUCAAGGAUUGUGAGCGUAGAGCACUUGCGAAACUAUUUCAUCAUCGAACAAUGCUGUCUCCUCCAACUGCUUCUUGAUCAAUUAUACUUCACUUCGCACACUAAAUCCUGGUAAAGUCAGGUCCCUAACUAUGGUCUCUGGUGACUAGCUUAGGCACUCCCUUCAAAUGUGACUAGGUGGUUGAGUUAGUGAAUUUUAUUUGGAGUUUUUUACAAGGCCCUCACUAUGGUCUCUGGCGACUACCUUAGGCUGCAUCCCCCACAACUGAGCUGAGGAAACUAACGGUGAUUAUCACCCCGACUGCUGAUAUUGCUUGGUGGAUAAUCUUAAAGUGGGGGCCCUUUCGAUUGGAAGGUUUGGGUUUACAACAUUUUCAUUUGUAUACUCUGUAAUUUCUUUGCAGGUUUGGCUGUCCGUGCAUUGCUUUGUGCCCUGUACCCAGUUAAGGGAGCUCGUUAUUUUGAGCCGUCGCACAGAGCAUGGCGCAUGCAUGUGAUCACUCCUGUUUGUUGUGUAUUAGCCAUGCGUUGUUGUUAUUAUUAUUAUUACAUUUUUCAUUGUAAUUAUAUGAAACAAUUCAAUUCUUUGUCACUUACUGUUGCCAUUAGGCAUUUCAUCACUAUUUAGGAAUGAUCCAUUUUGGGAGUUUUGAGGCGGGCAUGACGUGCAGCCUUAGCUCUGCAAAUUAAUGUAGAUAUCAUUCGGUGUAGAAGUAUGGAUUACAAUUUUUGAAAGCUCA